GGCGUGAGGUGCUGCGGCUCAGCUUCAGGUGUGACAGGCAGCGGCGGCCUGGCUGAGAGCGAAGGGGCGAGUGCGAUCCCCUGAGCUGUGAGCGCGGUCACCAUGGACCGCCAAGAUGAGGGGCCUCCGGCCAAGGCCCGCCGCCUGAGUAGCUCAGAGCCCUCUCAGCACGACCAGCUGCCGCCGCCGCCGCCGCCGCUCCUGCGACUGCCCCUACCUCCACCCGAGCAGCGGCCGAGGCUCCGGGAGGAAACCGAGGCGGCACAGGUGCUGGCUGACAUGAGGGGGGUGGGACUGGGCCCAGAUCUGCCCCCGCCGCCGCCCUAUGUCAUUCUGGAGGAGGGGGGAAUCCGUGCGUACUUCACCCUGGGUGCUGGGAGUCCCGGCUGGGAGCCUGCGAUGGAGUCGGGGUACGGGGGGGCGCCCCCUCCUACGGAGAGCCUAGAAAUAUUCUCUCCUUCGGAGGCUUCUGGGGGAAGUGUGGAAAUUGACUUUCAGGUUAUGGAGCCCAGCAGUUUUGCUGGAGAGAAGGCCCUAGAAACCUGUAGCGCAGGGGAGUGGGGGUACCAGGAGUUAGCCGGUCCGAGGGGGAAAGAAGAAGCUAUCAUCAUCGUGGAAGAUGAAGACGAGGAUGAAAAGGAGAGUGUGAGGAAGAGGAGGAGGAGGAGGAAGAGGAAGCAGAGGAAGGUGAAGAAGGAUAGCAAGGAGAGGAAUGCCGAGAGGAUAGAGUGCAUCCUGCAGGCACUGGAAAACAUUCAACUGGACCUGGAGGCGGUGAACAUCAAGGCAGGCAAGGCCUUCCUCCGUCUGAAACGCAAGUUCAUUCAGAUGCGAAGACCCUUCCUGGAGCGCAGAGACCUCAUCAUCCAGCAUAUUCCAGGCUUCUGGGUCAAAGCAUCACUCCUUGACCUAAACUGCUCCCUCCAUCAGUUCCUCAACCACCCCAAAAUUUCAAUCUUGAUCAACCGACGUGAUGAAGACAUCUUCCGCUACUUGACCAAUCUGCAGGUACAGGAUCUCAGACACAUCUCCAUGGGCUACAAGAUGAAGCUGUACUUCCAGACAAACCCCUACUUCACAAACAUGGUGAUUGUCAAGGAGUUCCAGCGCAACCGCUCUGGCCGGCUAGUGUCUCACUCCACUCCAAUCCGCUGGCACCGGGGCCAGGAACCCCAGGCCCGCAGGCACAAGAACCAGGACACCAACCACAGCUUCUUCAGCUGGUUCUCAAACCACAGCCUCCCAGAGGCUGAUAGGAUUGCUGAGAUUAUAAAAAAUGACCUGUGGGUUAACCCUCUGCGCUACUACAUGAUGGGAGAAGGGGGCUACAGAGCAAACAAAAAGAAGCAAGAAAAGGAAGAAAGGCUUCUCCACAGUAAAAACAGGGACAAGUGUGAGGUUGUGAUCCUGGAAGACUCUGAUGACUAUCAUCUAAUGGAAGACAUUAUCAGUGAGACCUCAGACAGUGAUGGUAUCACUGACAAUGAGACCAUUCAUGACAUCAAGAUCUCUGACUUCAUGGAGACCACCGACUGCUUUGAGACCACUGACAAUGAGAUAACUGACAUUAGCGAGUGCCUCUGUGACAGUGAGAGCCCUGACCACAAUGAGAGCCCUGACAGUGAGACCACCGACAACGAGAGCCCUGAUGACAGCGAGACCACUGAUAAUAAUGAGAGCUCUGAUGACGAGACCACUGACAACAAUGAGAGUGCCGAUGACAACAAUGAGAAUCCAGACGACAACAACGAGAACCCUGAUGACAACAGUGAGAACCCUGAAGACAACACUGAUGAUAAUGAAGAGAACCCUGAUGACAAUGAAGAGAAUACUGAUGACAACAAUGAGAACCCUGAUGGUGAUGAGAACCCGGAUGGUGGUGAUGAGAACCCCAAAGGUGGCUACCAUGGCAGCAAUGGCAACAACCAGGAUAGCAGCGAUAGUGACAACGAAGGAGACAAUGAGGGCAGUGAUGAUGAAGAUAAUGACGGCAACGAAGGCGACAACGAAGGCAGUGAUGAUGAUGGCAAUGAAGGUGACAAUGAAGGCAGCGAUGAUGAUGACAGAGACAUCGAAGAUUACAAGAAUGACACUGAUGACCCUGACAAGGAUCAGGAUAACAGCAACAAUCAGGAUGACUAUGAGGACGAGGUAGAGAACAUCUCUGAAGAAGACUCCUCAGUGGAGGAGGAAGAAGAAGGCAGUGAGGAAGACAGUGAACAAGAAGGUGAGGAGAGUGAUAACGAGGAGGGAAGCGAUGAGGAGGAAGGGAUCGAUGAGGAGGAAGGGAUUGAAGACUCAGAAGGAGGGGAAGACUCUGACGACUCUGACAUGGAGGAGGUGCUUCAGGUCCAAAAUGCUUGGGCCAACCCAGGGAAGAGGGGCAAAACUGGAUAAACAUUUCACCCUUGCAAGGGCUGCCUCUCUGUAUCCCUCUCCACCUGCCCCAUUUGCCCUCCCCCUCAGCUAGGGCCGCGCGGCCCCACAUUGCACUUCUGGGGGGUGACCGAAUUCGUACACGGGUUUAAAGUUUAUUUUUAUGGUUUAGUAAUUGCAGAGUUCUUAUUUUGGGGGUAAGGGAAAGGGGGAUUCCCCCUUCCUUUUGGCCCUCCUCUCCUGCAGGCUUCUGUGUGCUGCUAAACGUAUUUAUUGUGAUGCCUUGGUCAGGGCCCCUCUAUCCUCCUCCUCGUGCUGUGUGGAGUAGACACCCUUGAUCCCGAAGCGGGGAGAGCCACCGUGGCCUUGGGGGGCUCUGCUGCCACCCUGUUCUCCCAAGCCUCUCUUUCUGUCCAUCCCUUGCCCUGCCCCACGCUGUGCCCGCUAGCCCGCCUUGGUGUCUAUGCCGGGGCGCUUGUCAUUGCAGUGUUCCUGUCCCCCCCCCCCAGAAGCCCCUCCUUGUUCCUUGUGAAACUUGGUAAUCCUAAUAAAAUUCUGAGCAAAUUCAAA